AUGUCAGCGGUGGAAUCUGUCUUUAAUUCGGGCACUACUUGUGUGACGGAUUUAUCGAUGGAUACAGAUUCGACGUAUAGAACAGUACAAGUAGGCGAGUCACCAGUAGCUGCGUCAACAAAAUGGGCCUCAAAACUGCUCGCGGAAUCAAAAGCAGGUCUUGGACGAUCGACAAUGUCCAUCUUGUCAGCGGUUAGUGACGGCACUUCAGGAGAUAACGCUGGCGCAUUGGGAUUAGCAGAAACCAGAGCACGCUGCAUCUACGUCAAUGAUUCUGUCCGGAAUGCAGCACAAGGAUUUUGCAAUAACAAGGUGACCACAGCUCAAUAUACCAAGCUCAACUUUCUACCUCGAUUCUUCUAUGGGCGACUCUCGCAAGUUGCAAAUUUUUACUUUUUACUCGUUGGGGCUGGUCAGAUCAUCCCCGAGAUCUCGUCCACUCGAGCGAUUCCAUAUCAGUGGAUUGUGCUUGCACUCGUGCUUUCAAUCGACGCUGUGUUUGCAGCUAUUGAAGACCGUGGACGGCACAUUGCUGACGCAAAGAUGAACGCUCGGGUCGCGCAUAUUUUUGAUCUCAAUGAGCCAGAUUGUUUUCGUGAUGAUACGUGGCGUUGUGUCGCGGUUGGCGAUAUUAUCAAGGUGGAGAAUCACGAAGCGAUACCAGCAGAUGUGGUCCUGCUUGCGGUGUGUGAGACCGAUCCGAGUGCGCCGACUGGAAUUUGUUUCGUCGAGACUAAAUCACUGGACGGUGAAACGAAUCUUAAAGUACGUCAAGCGCUGAGCUGCACGUUUUCACAGCUUAGCGAUCCUCGUGCACUCGCUCAACUUCCUGGACGACUAAUCUGUGAGCAGCCAAACCACGACGUCAACAACUUUUCUGGACGCUUUGAACCGCAAAGCGGACAUGCGAUUCCGAUUGACCUGAAGAAUGUUGUCAUGCGGGGGUGUGUAAUUCGUAACACACCCUUUAUCUAUGGUCUUGUACUCAAUACGGGUGCGGAUACCAAGAUUAUGCAGGCUGGUUCACACAAUCCUCCGACAAAGGUGAGCAAGAUUCUUGCCAUUGUCAAUCGUAGCAACGCGCUCCUGAUGGCUAUUCUUGCAAUGUUGUGCAUCUUGGGCGCUGCGCUCUGUGCAUUGUGGGUCGAACAAAAUCGAACAGGUGCUACGUACUUGCAUCUCGACGAACUCAGCGGUGUCGCUCCUUUUCGAAACGAUUUUGUUGGCAUUUUAAUUUUUUUGGGAUAUUUCUGGAUCCUUAUCGCCUCGUUCGUUCCGAUUACCUUGUACGUGACAAUUGCCAUUGUCAAGACAUACCAAACUUUUUUCAUCAAUCGAGACCUCGGGAUGUACGACGAAGUGACUGACACACCAGCACUAGUGCGUAAUUCGGAUCUCAACGACGAUUUGGGGCAAGUAACGCACAUAUUCAGCGACAAAACGGGAACUUUGACCGCGAACGAAAUGGACUUUCGAAAAAUGAGCAUUCAUGGCGUGUCAUACGGACGAGGCACGACUGAAAUUGGUCGCGAGGCCACACGUCGACUUGGGAAAGAUCUCUCGGCCAGCGAUGUGCUCGCGGACAGUACGCCUAUUCUUAUGAAGACAGACAAUGUCAAUUUUUUGGAUCCAGCUGGAGAUUUAGAGCGUGACAGCGAUGCACGAUUGCAUCCAGAACAGGCCACACGCAUUCACGACUUUUUCGUCCACCUGGCCGUCUGUCACUCAGUUGUGCGAGAAUCUUUGUCGGAAACUGAGUCUGGCACAGGCUUCUCAGCUUCUUCUCCGGAUGAACUUGCACUUGUAUCCGGUGCCAACUACUUUGGGUACUCGUUCCUCGCUCGUCGUAACGGAGAAGUAGCGAUAUUAGUGCCUGACAAACGGGAGGAAGUGGUCUAUCAACUCUUGCAGAUGGUUGAUUUCACCAGUACGCGCAAGCGGAUGUCGGUUAUUGUACGCACACCUGACAAACGCGUGAUGUUACUGACUAAAGGUGCCGACUCGGUCAUUUUCCCUCGGCUAGAAUCAUCGUCUGAUCCGACGAUGGUCGAUACGACACUUGCGCAUCUUGAACGGUAUGCCACUGAGGGUUUGCGAACGCUUGUAAUCGCACAGAAGGAGCUCUCACCCGACGUCUUUGCUGAAUGGUCUAAUGACUACGAUGCGGCUUUAAGUGAUUUGGAACAAAUGGCACUGCAAAAGCGUGGGGAAACAAACCGCAUCGAAGAGCUUGAAGAGCAGCUGGAGCAAGGUCUAAAAUUGAUUGGUGCCACAGCUAUCGAAGAUCGGCUGCAGGAUAAGGUCACUUCUACACUAGGUGACUUGUCUCGGGCCGGCAUCAAGAUUUGGGUGCUUACUGGUGAUAAAGAGGAGACGGCUGUGAACAUUGGAUUCGCAUGCCAACUCCUCAACAACGACAUGGAACGGAUCAUGAUAAACACAGACACAACGCCUUCAGCCUCAGAUCUGUACGACAUGCUGCUUGCUCGUUGUCUCGAAGCCAGAAAGCGUGCAGAACGACAAAAUUGUAAAGAUUUAGACGACACGCCACAACAAGCCAUAAUUAUUGAUGGUCGUAGUCUUACGAUGGUGUUUAGCAAUAACAUUUUGUCUGAGCUCUUUCUCGAGGUUUCCCAGCAGUGUGUUUCUGUCAUUUGUUGCCGUGUAUCACCUAAGCAAAAGGCCCAAGUGGUUCGACUUUUCAAGACAAACUUGCAUGGCUGUCGUUCACUUGCCAUCGGUGACGGCGCCAAUGACGUCGCUAUGAUUCAGGAAGCACAUAUUGGGGUUGGCAUUUCAGGGCAUGAAGGGAUGCAAGCAGUCAAUGCUAGUGACUUUGCAAUUGCUCAGUUUCGUUUCUUAAAGCGAUUGCUUCUCGUCCACGGUCACUGGAACUAUCGCCGUAUGGCCAAGUUAGCACUUUAUGUUGUCUAUAAAAACAUUUUGCUUUUUGGUACCGAGUUUGUGCUUGCUGCGCUGCCCCAGUGUGGAUCCUCUGGCACGCUAUAUUUUAACAACAUGUGGAUCAAUGGUUACAACGUCUUCUGGUCAUCUUUACCCAUUGUAAUCGUAGCUGUAACCGAACAAGAAGUCCCGGCACAUAUUGCUGAACAGUUUCCUGGGCUUUAUAAUGUCGGUGCACAGGGUGAGCUAUUCAGUUUGCGUAUCUUCGCGCAAUGGGUAGCUGAAGCGCUCUACGAGUGCAUUGUCUGUGGUCUGGUGCCGGUUUUGAUUAUUGGUGGACCAGUCGACUCUACUGGGUAUGGCUUCUCCCGCGAUUUGUGUGGUGCGAUUUCUUACUGCUGUCUAAUUAGCGUUGGUUGGGUCAAGCUUGCUUUAAACAUGGUUACUUGGAACAUUAUCACCGCACUUUCGUUCAUUUUAACAAUCGUGUUUUGGUACAUUUCAGCUUACGUCAUCGCAAAAUCUUCUCCAACGUCUGUAGCAGACACGGCAUUUCCGCACAUUUUUGUCUUGCCUGAAUUUUACUUGGCAAUCUUCCUUUCUCUACUUCUGUGUCUCGGCCGUGAUUUCCUCUGGAAAGCUUACAAGCGUGAGAUGAGACCAGAAUACUACCACAUUCUUCAGGAAUUUCACCGAUAUGGAAGUCACAAUCCAGAGAAGGCUCAAUGGACGCCACCAGAGCUACGCUAUCAGCGCUUCCAAGCCGAUUUAACUGAAGACAAACCGCGCUUUGACUUGCCAGAACAACAAGCAGCACCUAAUCAUCAACCAUUCAGCGCAGACCACAAGACGUACACAGGCUUUGCCUUCUCAACUCAAGUCCUUGAAGAUCGUUUUUUGAAUCCGAUUCGCGAAUUGGUACUACCUGUGAGUCGUGUUUCAACAGCGAUAGGGCGAGUAUUGUCGCCUGGUGGGAGCCCCACUACUCGCCAAAAUCCAGACAGUCCGAUGCGCCGGGAUGUGCACGAUGAGCCAAAGUCGUUUGAAGAGAAGAUUUUAUCGCUGCCCAUCGAAAAGCAAGCAAUAUAUGAGAUUCAGCGCUACCAGGUGUUUACCGGAUGGGGAUCCCUGCGACCAGGACACCUUCUCAUUACUGAUCCGCCUAAGUUCACUAAUGCUGUCAUGACGGACGGUGCUGGCGUUUUUGAUCUCGAUCAUUGGGUUGUUGACCCAAGUUUUGGUGGCUCCGAUCAGUGGCAAUAUGCGACCCGUUUUAAGGAUUUCUUACGUGCCCAAGAAAAAUUACAGCUCGUUGGACCCGAAGGUGGGCCCCCGGAGCUUCAAGUUCAUGCAAGUGGACUCGAUCCUGACUUGCAAGAGCGACGAAGGAUCAAGAAAAAGCUUAACCGACUCGUUGGACGUAGCGUUCGCCGCCGUCGUUGGGUACGGAAGGAAAAGCUUCUUGCUGAGGCUAUCGAUCGCGCUAACAUCGCUUUAGCAGCAACGGAUUCAGAGUCCGAUACUACUCGCGUGCUUCCGAACUCUUCAUAA